UCCUGGGCUGAGGCCGAGCAGCAGCGCGCUCACCGCCGGCGUUUGAGCGAGCUUUCGCCGCCGCCGCCGCUCCUGUCUCUGCAGCAAUAGGAAUAGGGUCUAGUGCUUGCAAUGCGAUCCCCUUCCUCGCCCACCCGCUGCCUGUUGCUUCUAUGCUCGGCGCCACGCGGACGCGGACGCCGCGCUUCUCUCUCUCGGCCGCCACCGCCUUCUUCACCACCAGGCCUCACCCGCCGCCGCUCUCUCCUCGGCUCGUCGACACCACCGUCUCCCGAUGUCCCUCCGACGCCCUCGCGCUCAACUUCUUCCUCUGGUGCGCCCGCCGCCCCGCCUACUUCCACCCGCCCGCGUCCUUCGACCGCCUCCUCCCCGCCGCCGCCCGCCUCGCCUCCCGCCUCCGCACCGCCCCCGCCAUCCUCCACGAGCUCCGCGCCCUCGGCUGCCCCAUCCGCCCCCACACCUUCCUCCUCUUGCUUAGGCUUUACUGGCGCGGGGGCAUCUACCACCUCGUGCUCCAGCUGUUCGAUCAAAUGCCUCUUUGGGGCUUCCACCCCAACGCCUUCGCCCGCAACGCCGUCCUCGACGUCCUUCUCAGGACACGCCAACACCACUCCGCCUUGUGCUUCCUACGGGACAACCCCUCGCCCAACUAUCUCACUUACGCCAUCCUCCUCACCCACCUUUGCAAGGCGGAGAACUGGCCAGGAGCGCGCGGCUGCUUCUUAGCCAUGCUUCACCAGGGCUUUAUCCCCAGCUCUGCUUCUCUCGCUGCGGUUUUUGCGUGCUGCAGCAAACUUGGCGCCAUGUCCCACCUGCUGCAGCUUCUGUCCUUCAUACUUGUUUCGGGAUAUCAGUUCACUUCGGCCAUGUGGGCAUGCCUCAUUGCUCGUUUGUGCCGCGAGGGUAGGCUAGAUGAGGCUAUUAGUAUGCUGGCAAAGAUGCUGGGCUCUGGUUUUUCUCCCACAGUUGUCACUUAUACACCACUUGUCAGAGCUCUCUAUCAAUCUGGGAGGCAUGACAUUGCAAGUGAGCUUUUCACGCACAUGUCAUCCACCAAUUGCAGCCCAGAUCUUGUUCUUCAUAAUGUUCUAAUGGACUGCAUGGCCAAGGAGAGGAGAUAUGAUGCUGCUCUAGGCAUUUACUUAAAUCUUCGUGAGAGCCAAAUAAAGCCUGACGCGUACACUUUAUCUACUGUAGUCCAGGUGUUGCAGUUGUCAGGGAAUGUAAGCCUUCUUCCUAGGUUACUUCUGGACUCAGAUAUCCCUUAUGAUCUCGUGGCCUGCAAUUCUGUGCUGAAUGCUCUAUGCAAGUCUGGAUUUCCAUCUCAAGCUGUGCAGUUCUUCAUCAAUAUGAUCAAGUGCGACAUCAAGCCAGACAGCUACAGUUAUGUUGGCCUUUUGGACAGUUUGUGCCAGCUGGGAAGGAUUGACCAUGCAGUCAAUCUCUACCGUAGUAUUGUCUCGAUUGAUCCUGAUUCAAAUGCUUAUAUCCAUGCUGCCAUCCUCCAUGGCCUUGUUAAAAAGGGCCAGAACCGUAUGGCACUAAUGAUUUUAAAUGAGGCUAUACGCCAAAAUUGUGCUCUCGACGCUGUGUGCUACACUGUUGUUCUACAUGGCCUUCUCCAAGCUCACAUGAUUGAAGAGGCUUGCAUGUUGUUUAACAAAAUGAAGUAUUCAGGAAUGUCUUCCAACACUUGCACAUACAACGUAAUGCUUCGUGGACUUUGUAGAACCAGGGAUGAACAUGCUGUCAAGUGGUUUCUAAGAGAAAUGGAAUGUUCUGAUGUGGAGAUGGACAGUAUCUCAUUCAAUACUAUGAUCGUGCUCUUAAUCAAGUUGCAGCAUAUUAGUUCAGCCACUGCUUUGAUAAGAGAAAUGAUUAAUCUAGGCAUGGAACUUAGCACCAAAACUUUGUCAUUAAUUUCUCAGUAUGUUGGUCAUGUGCAUGUUCUGAAGGAUGCUCACAUUGCUGAAAAUGAUCAAUCCGACUCAACUAAUGAUCUUCUUGCAUGCUCAGCUUCAUAGUCAAUUUUCUCAACUAAACAACCAUGCUACCUCUGUAGAUCAUCAGUUUGGUGAUGCAUAGUUACAUACAGAUACAAACUAGUAAAGGUUGGUGAAGUAUUCAUUGAUUUAUUUCCAUCCAUUUCCUUUAUGAAAAUGGACCACACAAUGCCUCGUGUUUAUGAAAAUGCAGAGCCAGUCCGUUCUAUCAGCAUAUUUAUGCUCUUCAUCAGCAUAUUUGCAGACCUUGCUUAAACAAGCAGUCCAUAUCUUCCAGGAAGGAUCUUGAUAUUGGAAAAUGUUGCUGCAGUCAGGUGUUCUGUAAUUAUGUCUGUCUGCUUGCUUAGAGUGACCAGGUUGAUCUCCGUCUGGACGCAGUUCUCCUGAUUUGGAGGCUUGUCUUCUCUAACCUUUGUUUUGGUCAAGAAAACCGACUAAUUUUAAUGGAAUUCUUGAAGAUAAUGACAAAUCUGCUAAGUAACAAGUGUUGCCAUUGAUGCAACAAAAGCCCAUUACAUGGUUGUAUCAUCAGGAAAUGAAACAAAAGCAUCACUUGAAUGGAGGUUAUUGGAUUUUGAUGUCAAGGUUAGGAUCUGAGACAUUUCUUCAGUCUUCAGUUUGGGGCCAAAUCAAAUCUAAGAUCAUUUCCUUCUGAGCUGAUAUUGCAAGCAGCAGAAGGUACGUGGUAAAACGGAAAGGAUGUGAUGCCACCUAUACCGAGAUUACUGAAAGAAUUCUCAAAGGGUACUUCCUCAGUUAACACUCACCAUGGAAAAAUCUCAGUUAAACUUAUUAGUCUUUGUUUCGAUUAACAUAGUCAAAACUUCAGGUUACAGCCCAGAACAUGGAGCUUAUACUAGCAUAAGAACUCUUCCAUCAUCACUUUCUCCAAAAGAAAGAGCAAGCCACUGGGCUGAGUUCUUCUCUUAUUCCAAAUCACAGCAUAUUAAGGUUUUGCACAUCAUCUUUUUUCGUAAAAGAAGGUACAUACAGUCAUAUGUGUGGUAUACAAUAUAUAGAUGCAGUAGCUCUGUUAUUCAUUCCCAUGCGAAAACUUACUUUUAGGUUGCAACUGGAAAUACAAACAUAUUUAUCACUUCGAGCAAGAAGUUUUGUAACUCAUCAAUAUGUAGGCAACAUCCAAUGACCUCUCCCAUAAACUGACCCUUUGCACAUGUCGCUGGAGCCUUUAGAUGAAAUACAGAUGAAAAUUUCUUCCUUGUUCAUUCUUGGAGACCAAGUUUUCUUUUAUAUAUCUGGAUGUUCCUAACUGCGGCAUGUUUAUAAGCAUGCCAUCAUAUACUCAUGUUUGAUUUCAGUAAAAACAAAUAAAUGUCAACU